AUGGCAUCUGCAGCCAAGCCCGCCUUGAUGGUCAACAGCUGCACUGGCAAGAUGGGCCGCGCUGUCGCCGAGGCGGCCGAGCGGGCGGGGCUACAGGUGCUGCCCUACACGCUGUGCGGGGCCGCCGAGGCUGUGCCUGGUUCGAGCAUCGAGGUGGCGGGGCAGCAGGUGGCGCUGGUGGGGCCGUCGGAGCGUGACGCUCUGAUUGAGAAGCUCAAAGCGCAGCACCCCAACCUUAUCAUGGUCGACUACACCAUCCCGGACGUGAUCAUGGAUAUGGCUGCGCUGUAUCAGAAGCACAAACUGCCCUUUGUGAUGGGCACCACCGGCGGCGACCGGGAAAAGCUGCUGCGGGACACAGAGGUGCGCGCACAAGGGGCGGCUGGGGGUGCUGGCUCCUUCGCGGGCGGAGGACGGCAGGGGGUGCAGCGGCAGGCAGUGGGGGACUAUCAGGCCGCGGGGGUGUAUGCGGUGAUCGCCCCCCAGAUGGGCAAGCAGGUGGUGGCGUUCCAGGCGGUGAUGGAGCUGAUGGGGGAGAAGUUCCCCGGGGCGUUUGCGGGCUACGACCUGCGCGCCAUUGUGGGCUCCUUCAAGCGCCUGGGUGUUGACUACGACGUGGAGAGCAUCGAGAUGGUGCGGGACCCGGCGGCCCAGGUCAGGGACAUGGGGGUGCCCGAGGAGCACCUGCUGGGCCACGCGUACCACACGUACAGGCUGGCCUCUGCGGACGGCAGCGUGGGCUUUGAGUUCCAACACAACGUCUGCGGCAGGACUAUCUAUGCGGAAGGAACGGUGGAUGCGGUGUUGUUCCUCGACCAACAAAUCAGGGCUGGCUCCCAAAAGCGGCUGUUCAACAUGAUCGACGUCCUGCAGGCGGGGGCCAUGCGGUGA